AUGUUACUUCAACUUCCCACAGAGCUGAUACAGCUGGUUCUUCGGAACUGCGACACAUCAGCCUACUUCCAGGCAGCCUUUUCAAGCCGUAGGCUGUAUGAGAUCGCCUCCAACAGCCGAGAAGUCAUCAUUCAUCAGCUACAUAAUACUCCUGGUUGGAACGAUACAAUUGAUGCCAAUCAUACUAGGCAUCUGUUUGGCGAGUUAAUGAGACGGUCUUACGAACAAUUAGAUGGCGCAGAGCAUUACGCCAAUCCCACCUAUGAGUAUCAAGACGGAGUGAUUGACUACCAUGCAUCGACAAUUGAGGCAUCGGAAGAUGGCAUUCGAGCACUGCUCGUCUUCAAAGGCCACAGUACUGUCCGCCUGAUUGACAUGAGAGAUGGAGAUCGAACUGAAGUCCAAUUGAAAUCCCCGGGAGAGAAUAUUGGGGAGGUCGAGAUCAUCCAGACUGCCUUUGAUGGAAACCGCGGGGUCUACGUGUUGCACCGAUUCAAACCAUUUUUAGAUCAAGAGCUGGAUACAGACCAUCCAUUUGUCAAACACGCCCUGGAGUCUCGCCUCAACGGGAGUAUUCACCUGGCCCACCAUCAGUUGAAUCCCCGGGCAAACAUCAUUCGAAUGUAUGACUUUCCCGAAUCCCGAGAUUAUAGGCCACUGGCUUUGUCCGUUGCCAACGGCAAAUUUGCAAUAUCAUGGCGAAACACGCUCGACCCCUUUGAUCAUGAGGUCGUUCUUUAUACCUGGCUCUACGACGACGAGGACGGCGAGGACGACGAAGUUGAAGACGACGAGGAUGAAGAUGAUUUGAACGAAGGCGUUAUGGAAGAAAGCAAGGGACACAACCCCUGCAACAUUAUCCGUGCCGCUUACGAAGCUUACGUCUUGACCAGCUCCAACGAUCAAGACCCAGAUGUCCGUUCUUCUCAGAGAAUAGGCCCUGCGACGAGGUUAGCAUUCAAUGAUCGAGACUUUCAGUUGCUCUAUCACUACCGAGCUCAAAACAUCUAUGGUGCCUUUCAGAGACUUGAUCGCCUUCCUGGCCGCCCAGGCGAGCCAAAGCCGCAUGUUAAUAAGAAUGCAUGCACUGUGCAGUUUUCGCCCUCCCUUUCGCUUCAAUUCUCAAUUGGAAUACCAUUUUUCGGUACCCAUGAGCUCGGCGAUAUAAACCAGGGAGAACAGUGUCAUUGGCAGUACCUCGCCUUCGGAAUUGCCACCCAUCGCGUGGAAAAAUGGACUGUGGCAUGUCUCCUGAAGUCUGAAUCAUAUACUGGUCCGCGGUGUACCCAUGUUUUGAAUCUCGACCGCGGAAGGCGUUUCGACAACUGGCAGAUCAUGGCACAACUUGGGGGAUUCCGAGAAGUGACAACUUCGCAUGGAUCUCCGGUGGCAACUUCGCGUCGUGGAACUCGUGUUGCUGUCGCUAACUGGAAAACGCUCUAUGUAUGGGCACUGAAUCCGUCAGAACUGAUAGAAGACAAUGGAACCGGAUUUUACCCAUUAUCGUGGGAAUCCUCUACGGGUGCCAUCGAGUUGCGACCAGUCAUCCUCCAGUUAGAGGCCGUUUGCUCUCAAUUGCAUUUCACUGAAAAGGAAGACGAGCUGGUCGCGAUUACUGAUCGUGGAGUGAUGUUCCUAAACAUCGGUUAUAGUGGAAAAUGCAAACAGCCUGUCAAAAGCCGGGGACAUGUCAAUAGUAUGUAA